UACGUUCUAAGAUCUGCUAACAAGCGAUUCCAUUGUUUAUUAAACCUUAUGAUAGUUGGUCAAAAUUUUGAGUGUCAGUCGAGAAGUAUAAUGAGGCGAUGUAUGCACAAAAAUUUAUUAAUAGCCGAGAAACGAAAGAAAUUUUUUUACUGAUAAGUAGCUUGCGAGCAGGCUCUCGAACGGGGAGCACUCGGGCGAGCGGCGAAGCACUCUUCCCUCGAUGCUCUGGCUCGCUUCGCUCGCGCGCGCGUGUGACUCAUGGCUGAAAACUAUCAACAAAAUUAUUAUCAACUGAUAAGCAGCCCCAUCCGGAGUGUCUUGUUGUCAUGUGGUGGUGAUGAUGAUGAUGACGACAAUUAUCGGAUUACUGGUGAUGACGACGAACUACUGAGUCCCGACAGUAGGCGUCACGUAACGCUUGGGUCGCGUGACAGCACAAAACUCGUCCACGUGUAACAUGACACGUUAUUAUUUUAACAUUUUUUGCACAGAGACCCCGAUCAGUCAACUAUUUGACUCAUGGACGUCAGUAAAUAUAGAUUCGCAUUUAUUUAAUUUAGCUGGUGGUCUAUUCUGAUAGCGGUUAUCUCUCUAAUUAGCUCGGAUGUCUGAAACAUUUCGCGCCAUGUCAUACUGCGCAUGUUAAGUAGCUAUAAGUUUUAAUUUAUCUUCCACGUUUCGUCAAUCUGCGCAGAUUUGAUGAUUGUAGAGGGUCGCUUAACCUUUAAAUGUUAGCAUAAGCCUAUCGAGCCGUUUAUAGAGAACACGACUGAUUAUUAUUAUUAUGCAAAGUAGGUGACGUUUGUCAUGUUUUUGGUCGCUCAGCGAUUGUGGGAAGUGUCGAGUGUCAAGUCAAUUAACGCCGGGUCGCUCUUGGCAGAAAAUCAGCUUUUAGGCAUAUGUCAGUCUGCUAACUGCUGUGACCAUGUACGGCUUUGUGAACCAAGCUUUACAGGAGUUUGUGAUACGAGAGAGCAGCUUCGAAACAUGGGAGGAGAUAUUGAAGAAAGCAAAUCUCGAUUUAGGAGAAACAGGAGAAUUCAACCAGCGGAGAAUAUAUGAUGAUCAAAAUACGUUCGAUCUGUUGAGAGUCGCUUCCGAAGUUCUCGGGUUGACACACAAUGCCAUUUUGGAAAAGUUUGGGAGAAUCUUCUUUGAAUUUUGCCAAAACUCUGGCUACGAAAAGAUGCUCGACACUCUCGGAAGUAACCUGAAAGACUUUUUCAACAGUCUGGAUGCACUUCAUGAACAUCUCCUGUUCAUUUUCCCGGGCUUGCGAGCACCUUCUUUUCAUGCCAACGAUACUCCUGAUGGUCGUGGUAUAGAAAUCUUAUAUUACUCUGAAAGGGUUGGGCUUGAGUACAUGGUUGUAGGUAUUGUCAAAGCAGUUGCAAGAGAAGUUUAUAAAAUUGAGGUAAAUAUUGAGGUGUCUGUGCCGACAAACCAAGAAAAAACAUGGUCAAAGAUUGUUGUCACGCCAGAAAACUACGAUGACAUGGCACGACUCAAACAUCACGAUAAACAAAUUCAAAAGAUGGAGCAGAAGCUGGAGUUGGUCACAUUAGGUUCUAGAAUCAGCAAUCAAACAUUCUGCCAAGCAUGUCCAUUUCACAUCAUUUUCAACAACGAAAUGGUGAUUUACCAAGCGGGUAUUUCUCUGCUCCGAGUUUUACCCUCCGUGAAAGUUGGUCAGACGAGGCUCAAUGAAGUGUUUGAAGUCAUCCGUCCACAUAUCCAGUUAACAUAUGACCACAUUUUACAGUUCAUCAACAAGGUAUAUGUUGUCAAAACAAAAGAAGGACUUUUGGAUUCUACCAGUUUGACGACAGUUUCAGAGGAUGAUAUAGGUACCCUGGAUUUUCCAACAAUGAGAUUCCGUGGACAGAUGCUGUAUCUUCCAGAAUGUGACAGCGUUAUGUUCCUCUGCACACCAAGUGUUCUAAACUUGGAUGGCCUCAAUGAAAUAGGUCUGUAUCUGAGUGACAUUCCAAUCCACGAUGCAACCAGGGAUCUCAUCCUUCUCUCUGAACAACACAAUGCAGAGUCACGUUUGUCUCAGCGACUUGAAAUCCUGACUGACAAGCUUCAGCAGACAUCACGUGAGCUGCAGAAGGAACAGCAACUCACUGAUAGACUCCUUUACAGCAUCCUGCCAACGUCAGUGGCUAACGACCUCAGACUGAAACGACCUGUCAUGGCUAAGAAGUACGAGCUUGUUACAAUCAUGUUCAGUGGUAUUGUGGAUUUUACAAAUUAUUGUAAUCAGAGCAGCGAGCCCAUGGAAAUUGUGGAACUUCUUAAUGAGACAUAUACCAAGUUUGAUGCUUUGGCUGACAAAAAUAAUGAAGUUUUCAAGGUUGAGACCGUAGGAGACAAGUACAUGGCUGUGAGUGGUUUACCAACAAGAUGCUCUAAACAUGCCGUCAAUAUUGCAAAUCUGGCUCUGGAUAUGAUUGACAUUGUACAAGAAGUGAACGCACAAGGGAGAAAGAUGCAGAUUACAAUUGGUGUUCAUUCUGGUGAGGUUGUGGCUGGUGUUGUGGGUCAGAAGAAGCCACGCUACUGUCUGUUUGGAAACACAGUCAAUCUGACAAGUCGCACAGAAACUACUGGGCUGCGGGGAAAGAUCAAUGUUACAGAGUUUGCCUACAGAUCACUGCUGUGCCAACCACAUGAUGAUUUUGUGUUCAAAAAGCGAGGUCCAGUCACCAUGAAGGGAAAACCAGAGCCGAUGAUAACAUACAUACUACAAAGAAAGGAAGGAGAGUGAGACUGUCACUAUAGAAAAUUAAAGGUGUUAUGCCAGCAUCCAAGAGGUCUUACAGUUAAACCAUUUGAUUUCUGUUGAAAGAGAUCAUUUGUCUAAUUUGCACAAGGUUGUGAUCUUAUGUUCCUCUGCUAAUUAGAUGCUCACGUUUUCAGGUGAAGGGAGUUACUAACUAAACAAACUGAUCUCAAGAAUUAUGGAUAUUGUGAUUUUUCUGAUUUUUAAAAGGAAAACCCAAAAUAAUAUUUUCGUAAGGUUGAAAAACACCAAAGAAUUAAUAACAAACUGAAAGUUAACAAGGCUGGUCAAGAUUGAGAAAGAUUGCGACAGAUUGCAAAAAAAAAAAAGAAAGAAAGAAAAGAAAAAAUGAGACCUCAAUACAGUAAAAAAAAUGCUUUAUAGCCCUGAAAUGAAUUUUUUAGAGGUCAAGUGUGAGUAUGUGGUAGUUACAAUAUGUAAUAAGGAAAGGAGAAGUAACUAUAGAAAUGGUUAGACUUAUAUCAGAGCUGUUCAGUUUAUUCAGAUGUGUUUAACCAGCGCAUAACCUGCAAAUGCAGGCGGUUUUCCGCGGCCAAGCUGCCAAGCACGUGUUUUUCACUUUUCAGUAGGAAUCCAGUCCCCAAGAUAUAAACGAGCACCCAGCUUUCGUGGGAGAAGUUGCUAAGCAACACAACGUAAUGCCUCUGAUGUCACAAUUACGUGCAACGUUUAGAGUAUUCGCGGAGUGAAUAAUAUUGGUCUCUUUUGAGUUCUUCCAGGAAGUCUUGAUACAAAUAACAGCUUUUUACCCCCUGGGUAAUUUGUACAUUUUACUGCCUACUGUACAUAUUAUAACCUAAAGUACUAUAUAAAAGUGACCCACAUUCAGAAAUAGAGAAGAAAUCCAAACAAAGACCCUGCUUGUAAAAGGCGGUAUACAUUAGUGUUUAAAGAAAAGUAGUAAAGUACACGAUGUAUCCGUGAUCCAUGUAAGUCCAGAUUGAGCAAUUUCUGUGCAAAGUUUCAACCCAGGAACUGCUUCAGUUUUACCUGUUUUCAUUAGCAAUUUUGGUGCCUAAAUUCACUUUUUUACCACAAUUAUCAAGAACGAUAUGUGGCGUAUCCUUAAAAGGCUUUGUCUAACUUAAAUUUGGUGAUCACAUGUGGGCAAGUGACAAAGGCCCACCAGGCCUAUUCUAAAUAUAGUUCAGUUUAAUCUUGGUUGUCUUUUUGGUAUUAGUGUACAUGUGUACUCUCCUAGUCAUGCGCUCUGGGAAGUCGCCCUUUGAGCGAAAUGAAGGACUUAAUGUAUUUACGAUAUAUAUUAGUAACUGCACAGAUUGAGCAGUACAGACAAUAGUGUGAUAAGUGAGUUAUAAAACGUUUAUGAACCAAGCAUGACCAAGAAUUAGAAGAUAGAAAAUAUGUUACACGUUUUGUGAUUGGUCAAAAGCUGCAGCUAUUAUUCCAGUAAUCUCCUGGAACUUAUAAGUAGCUAUAUCAUAUAAGCGCUGCAUUAGUUCAGCAGCGUAAAUUAAAGAAGUCGCGUGAAAUGUUGACAAAACGCUCACUUAAAAGAGCCUUAGCCCGCAGGCGUCUCCACCGCCAUCUUGGAUUCAAGAAACAAGGUACUCCCAAGAUGACGAACAGCUACCGCGCUAACUAGAUUAUUCCAGCAAGAUCUCUCGCACUUUAUUUUGGAAAAAAAUUCGUGUAAAUUAAAUUUUUCGGCUUGUGAUGUGAUAUACAAAAUGUUUUUUUAUGUUUUGCCAACAUCUCCCGUGGUUUUUAAAAUGUCCUUAGUCCAACUUUUAUCUAAACUUUUACCGGUUGUAAAAUGACCGCUUAGAAGUGAGAGACGGUUGUAGAUAUGAAGAUAAGAGCGGUCUCUUUUGAAAGAGAUAGUUAUUAAACUAUAUAAAGCA